AUGAAUGAGGAUGGUGUGAAUAUAAAGGAGCUUAUAAGUGCAAGAUUUCAGAAUCCGAAGUUCGUCUAUGAUGGAAAGAGGAUGAGGGUUUUGCAAGAAAGAAAGGUCGUGGAUUACACCUCGGGAAUUUGCAUCCAAAGGGUGAGAAGAAGAUUAGAUCCUUUACAAGUUAAUACAAGCUUUGAAUUGUCUCCCCAGAUCCUCAACCUGAAGUCGCCAGAGCUGUGCUAUAAUGACAUCCCUAGCCUGUUUACGACAAAGAUUGAGCAUAUCAGUGUCAAUAAAGUUAAAUGCCCAGUGAACAUUGUUAGAUGGACUCCUGAUGGGAGAAGAUUAAUGAGUGGUACAGCCACGGGAGAAUUUACACUAUGGAACGGGUAUGGAUGCAAUUUUGAAACUAUUCUACAAGCACAUGAAUCACCUGUCAGAGGAAUGGCUUGGUCACCUUCAGGAUCAUUUUUGAUUUCUUCAGAUAAUUUCGGAAUAAUUAAGUACUGGCAUCCAUCGAUGAACAAUAUCCAGAUAAUACAAGGCCAUGCAGAAGCAGUGAGAGACCUUUCGUUUUCUCACAACGACAGCAAAUUCUGCUCGGCCUCUGAUGACUCUACAAUAAAAGUUUGGGACUCUAUUGAGGCAAAGGAGGAGUCUGUCCUUCGAGGACACAACUGGGAUGUAAGAGCUGCACAGUGGCACAAAUACAAGUCUCUAAUAGCCAGUGCCGGAAAAGAUAAUCUUGUCAAGAUGUGGGACCCACGUACUGCUGAGGAAUUGUGCACUUUACACCAUCAUAAGAAUACAAUACUAGCCUUGAAAUGGAUGGGCGAUGAGAACUAUCUUCUCACAGGAGGAAAAGAUCAAGUAAUAAAGAUGGUGGACAUUAGGACAAUGGUUGAUGUGUUCACUUAUAAAAAUCACAGGAAGGAAGUUACAUCAAUAGGAACACAUCCCUGUAUUCCAGAUAUGUUUGUGAGUGGAGGUACAGAAGGAGGGAUUUAUUUUUGGCAAGCAUAUACUCAGGUACCUUUGGAGGUUAUUGAGGAGGGGCAUGAAGGCACUGUGUGGUCGUUAGACUAUCAUCCGGUAGGACACAUUUUGGCAUCUGGGUCUGUAGACCAAAGCGUGAGGUUCUGGGUUAGGCCAAGACCAGACGAAAAUGCUGAAGUUUCUGCUGGAGGAUUUGAUGAUGAAGAAAACAAUUCCGAUGGCGGUGCAAUACCAGGAUUGUAG